AUGCGUCUCUACACGAUCCUUAAUAUUCUCGUACUUGGCGCCUUCGCCACAGCCACCAGCGUCUCAUAUGACCCCGGCUAUGAUAAUGCUAUGCGCUCCAUGUCCGUCGUGGCCUGCUCUGACGGCGCCAACGGUCUCAUAACCCGUUACGGCUGGAACGUGCAAGGCGACUACGGAGGUUUCCCGUACAUUGGCGGAAGCGGUACUGUUACUGGCUGGAACUCUCCAAACUGCGGCAAGUGCUACACGCUCACGUACAGGGGCAAGACGAUUCAUGUCCUUGCUGUCGAUCACGCGGGGACUGGGUUCAACAUCGCGAUGGCAGCCAUGAACGAUUUGACCAACGGCCAUGCGUACGAACUUGGAAGGAUUGAGGCACAAAGUGCGGAAGUGCCAGUUAGCGAAUGUGGCUUAUAG